CCGAACCGAGCCCGGCAGAGCCAGGCCGAGCUGAGCCGAGCCGAGCCGCGCUCUCCCGCCGCCCGGCCGGCUGUUGACAAGCGGCGGCGGGAGACAGCGCGCUCGUCCCCAUGUGGCGGACGCUGGCCCUCGCCUCCGCCUUCUUCCCGGGGCUCUUCAUCCUCUGCAUCCGGUUGCUGCGCUGGGCCGCCCCGGGAUGGAGCCUCAAGGACCGCAUCCUCCUCAGCGGCAGGUUGGUGUCAACGGUCCAAGCCACGAUGGCAACGGUGUCAGGGAUCACGGUUGUCCUCAGCUGCAAGAACGUGGUGUAUGACAGGCACUGGCUGGCUGUGGAGUACAUCUGGGUCCUGGUUCCCUACAUGACCUAUGACAUCUAUGUCAUGUACCUCUGCCACUGGCACAAGAGCCAGGAAAAAGGGAUCCUGGAGAAGAAGCACUCGCUGGCCAGCGUGUGGAGCUUCCUGCUGCACGAGCGGCUGAUGGUGACCCACCACCUCUUCAUCCUCAUCGUGCUCACCCCCAUCACCCAGCAUUUCAGGGGAGAGCUGGGGGACUUCUUCGUGGGCUGCAUCUUCACAGCAGAGCUGAGCACACCUUUUGUAUCCCUGGGCAAAAUCCUGAUGCAGCUCAACAUGCAGGACACGCUGUUGCACAAAGUGAACGGGAUCCUCGUGCUGGUGACCUUCUUCCUGUGCCGCAUCCUCCUCUUCCCCUUCAUGUACGCGGCCUACGCCCGCCAGGUGGGGAUCCCGCUCUACCUGGUGCCGUUCCGCAUCCCCCUGCACUGCAACAUCGCCAACGCCUCGCUCAUCGCCCCGCAGCUCUACUGGUUCAGGCUCAUCUGCCGCAAGGCCGCCCGGCUCUACGGCGGCUCUCCCGCCCACCGGAGCAGAUAACGGAGCUGAGAACGGCCCGGGGCUGGCACAGGGCAGCCCCGGCUCUUCCCCCGGCGAGCAGCGGGUCCGCCGGGAUGCUGGAGCUGGAAGCAGCCCCCGGUCUGCAGCGCCGGCAGCCUGGGCUGGGAAGGCUUUCCUGCCACACGAGUGCCGGGCUGGGAGCUCGACAUUCCUUCUGGGAUGCAGCUCUGCCCAACGAGGGUUACACGAGAGGGGUUUGUUCCUUGUUCCAGCCUCCCCCCGGCGCUGACACCGGACACCGGAGCCUGCAAGCACGGGGAUGCUGGAGCGGCCGGCAGCGGGGAUGGGGAGCUGUGCCCGACCUGCCACAGCCCCAGCCAGGCCUGCAGCUGCAGCACAGCUCUGCAGAGCCCUUCCUGACCUUCACUGACUUCAGCUCUACACUACAGCCCUGUUUGGCCUCUGAGCUCCCACCUCACCUCCUGCUGCUGCUGGGCUCAAGCUCCACUUAACCCGAGGGUGCUUUUCACUACAGCUGUCUGACAGCCCUGGGGGAACUCCUGGGAUCCCAGCAGGGCUGCAGGGCAGCAGCUCAUGCCACGACAGGGGAACGGUUCUGCUGUGUCAGGGCAGGAUGGGGACAGGAACCUGCCCAGUCCUUGCCUCACCAACACACAGGGCACUGUGCAGAGCCCUUCCUUGGCAGGGGGUGCCAUUUUCCCUCCCCUAACCACAGCUGCUUUUAUCUGGCCUGCAUCCCCUCAGCAGGUAUUCAAAACCAUCUGGCACACCCUGUUCUGCUCUGCCCUCCAGCUGGCACCACCACACCCUGGAAACACCUGUACAGUGGAACCCUGCAGCCCCAUCCCACCCCCGUGAGGCUGCCAGGGACAGAACUGGGGCUGCACAGAAGGAACCAGCAACCCCAGAGCAGGAUGCUGAGCUGUCCUGCACCAGUUCAGCCCAUUUCCACUUUCAGUCACAGCAAAAUGGGUACAGGCUGCCCAGCUCACCCUGCACCACAGGGAGUGUGCAAUCAGACCACAGCUGAGUUCAUUCCCUGCAGCCAGCACCAGCCACCUCCUCCUGCAGCCUCCUGUGCCUGCUCCAGGGCAGGGAACUGCACUGGCACAGCCCUUGUGCCCAGAGACCUGUGACCACUCUGUGCCUUUCAUUCUGCCUGAAAACAGCAGCCAAGCUCUGGGAAACCUGGAUCUUUUGGGUGUUGGAUCUCAUCCCAACCAGGGCUGCUGUUCUGGGCCUCUUCCGACCUGUGGUUGUUGUUGCAGAGACGCCGCAGUCACAGUAACCACCGAGACCAGCUGAUGUUACAAACCGCUUGCAACUCCUUACAGAUGUUGUAUCUCACUGUUUUCAUUGCGAAAAAUGUGCCUUAUGUAAGGACAAAAAACACUCCAGCCAAUGAGGCACCUCAGUUUGCACUAACACUGCCCUAUUUACUAUCAGGAGACCAAUAAAGAUUUCCUCUCUGAGUCACACCA